AUGAAGUAUCUAACUCUUCUCAUUGUUCUUGUUGCUUCAGUUUUUGCCGCCAAUCAGUGCCCAGAUCUUGAUAUUUCUUGGCAAAACCAGUAAGUUCUUAUCGAGUAAUAUUUUUCAAUGAAUGUUACUAAUAUCAGAUGUUUCUACUAUGACAAACUUCGCGGAACCUUUGAUGAUUCGAAUGAUGCUUGUGUUAGAGCUGGUUAUCAUUUCGCAAAAAUUUAUAACAUGAUUGAAAAUCGUGCUAUUCAAGGUAAAUCGUGCAGAUUGAACAAACUAAAGUUGAACAUUUUAUUUCCAGAUUUUGCCGUUGAAAAACUGGACUCUGAUUUCGAAUACUACUGGGUUGGUGCAUCAAAUCGAGGUGGAAAUUGGACAUGGACUGAUGGAUCUCCAUUGAACUUCACAAAUUGGAGAGAUAGAACACCUUCAGAAACUAAUCAAUGCCUAGGAAUAAUGAUGUCUACUGGAAAAUGGGUGCCAAGAGAUUGUAGUGAGAAAUAUCAAAGUGUUUGUGCUGUUGAUGCAAAUGUUGGACCAACUCCUUCUGGAACUUGCCCACCAUGUCCAGCAUGUGUUUGA